AUGCUGCUUACAACCACGGUCAAUGGCGUCGAAAUCGCUUAUGACCAGUCUGGCUUCAAUGACGGCCCUCCGCUUGUUCUACUCACCGGAUGGGCACACGACAUCAACCUGUACGAUCAACUUCUGCCCUUCCUGGCGUCAAAGCAUCGUGUAAUUCGCUUCUGCUAUCGCUUACAUGGCCCUACUCGGCAGCCAUUUCACGAAUUUGGCGUCGCAGAACUAGCAGAUGACACUCUGGCUCUGCUUAAGACACUUGAUAUUGAUGACUUCUACCUGAUUUCUCACUCACACGGUGGCUGGAUAGCGCUAGAGAUCGUGGACAGAAUUGGGCGUGAAAGAGUGCGAGCUCUGUUAAUGCUGGAUCAAAUCAUGACGCACCCGCCGCCAGAAUUCGCUUCAUCACUCCAGGCAAUACAGUCCAAGGAUACAUGGAUUACCGCCCGCAAGGAAUUAUUUGAAAACUGGCUAUCUCACAGCACCAACAAAGUCGUACACGAUCAUCAUCUUUACUCGCUUGGCAGUUUCGGCUUCGAUAUGUGGGCUCUCUCGUGUAAGGUCAUUGAAGAGGCAUACGCUACUUGGCGCAGUCCAAUGGAUCGAAUGGAGCGUAUCAAGAAUCCUCCCCCAAUCAGGCAUAUAUUUUCGCAUCCUUUGGACAACUCGGAGUAUCGGCGCUUACAUGAGGACUUUUCGAAGAAGCACAGCUGGUUCUCAUACACAGACUUGAAGGGGGAAUCACACUUUCCAAGUUUGGAGAUUCCAGAGCAGGUCGCUCGGGAAGUUGAAGACUUAAUAAAGUCAGCGUCGGCUCAAAGGGAUUAG